UUGCGUGGUUUCUUUUUUCCCCGUAUUUCGCAAAAUAUAAGUUUACAAUAAAGUGGAAUUCUUAUUUUUCAAUUUUAUGAUAAGCUGUCAAAAUGAAGUGUAUAAAGAAUGUGUUUGCAUCGCAGUUGGUGAAAUUGAUAAUGGCAAAAUUGAGUACAGCACUGAGAUGGAAAAUAGUUUCUUACAUCGCGUAUUCCUGCAUUUUCGUCGUCAGGUACAUCGGAUACCUCUAUUACAUUAAGGACGUAAAAUGGAUAUUCCAAAGAAUUACAUACGAUUGGAAUUCGUUAAAAAAUGAAGCAGAGCUGCUAAUCAUUCACGAAUACACUAAAACCAUGAAAUCACUAUCAAUCGGUUUUGGACUGAUCCUUGGUCCAAUGAUUCUAACAUUCUUCUUGAAAACAUUCAGUAAUGAUAUCUUGGAUUUGUUAAUUCCUAUGAAUUACACGCGUCCACGGGUGCUCCCAAUGAUGAUAGAAUAUUUUAUUGAUCAGGAAAAAUUUUUCUACUACAUAGCUAUUUACAUCAAUGUUACUAUCAGUCUUGGAGCACUAAGUGUUUUCGUCACUGAAGUAAAUUCCAUGGCAGUAGUAUAUCAUAUUUGUGGAUUGUUAAAAAUUGUUUGCUACCGCAUAAAUCACAUAUAUGUUUCAAACAUACCAGGAGUCUCUCCUGCGCAAAGGAGUAUGAUAAUUCACAAACAAAUAAUCUCAAUUGUGAAAUUACACACAACAAUCAAACAUUAUGUCGAUUUUAUACAACUAAAGGUAAUGCCAUUGUACAACGUUUUUUGCGUUUUCGGUCUGAUUACGUUCAUUCUUGCUCUCUUUCAAUUUGCGAAAGCAAUGUCAAUCAGAAACGACAUAGAGGAGUUUGUGGCAUCAUUAUGUACUGUAAUUACUUCUGUACUUUACGCUUUUACUGUCAUUCAUUUUGCCCAAAAAUUGACAGAUCAUAGCUCCGAUAUUUUUCAGCAGUUAUACAAUAUCGAAUGGUACAAUCUGCCAGUGGUGGAACAAAAAGUAGUACUCUUUCUCAUGCGAAACAGUCUAAAGGAUCUUACUUUUAUUAUUGGUGGUGUUAUAGUUGCGUCUCAUGAUAUGUUUACAAUGUAUGUUCGAACAGCCUUUUCGUAUUUCAUGGUUGUUUAUUCCUUUGAUUAAAAUGCUUAUCAAUUUCUCAUCAUCUGUCUGCGGAAAACUGGCCGCAUAUAAAUAUUUUCGACUGAAAAGUUUAUUGUAUAAAAUAAUAGAACAAGCUCUUCUCACAGGAUAUGUUUGUAUUAUUUUAAUUUUUAUCUCACUGAUAUCUUUAUUGCAAAACAUAUGUGUGUGGUGCGAUAAUGUGUAUAAUGAUAAUUUAAUUAAAUAUAUGUUGCUAAAGUAGAACAAAAUUUCAAUAAAUAUACGAAG